UGUAAACUGGGUGAAUUUACGAACAAACUAUAUUUGGUGAUUUAAACGUAUAUCUUUUCAUGAAAAAACUAUGGGAGGGGGUUUAACUGGUUUUAAUAUAAGCACGAUGUCUACCGCUGUCAGUGAUGCCUCGAAGGUGAACGGGGAAGCAGCAGCUUCAUUCUCUGGCUGUAUCAUGGUGAUAUUGGCUGUUCUUAUGGUCAUAGUGGCUACAGUCACUGUGUUGGGGAAUGCUCUGGUUAUUCUGGGUUUUAUUGUGGAUAAGAGCCUUAGAAACCAAAGCAAUUAUUUCUUCCUUAAUUUGGCCAUUUCGGACUUCUUAGUAGGUGCCUUCUGCAUCCCAGUAUACAUCCCUUAUAUACUGACUGGGCGAUGGAUGUUUGGGAGAAGCCUUUGCAAACUCUGGUUGGUGAUGGAUUACCUCCUAUGUACUGCCUCAGUCUUCAAUAUAGUCCUGAUAAGCUACGACCGAUUCCUUUCUGUUACUAGAGCUGUUACAUACAGAGCCCAGCAAACAAUGACCAAGCAUGCUAUUACCAAGAUGGUUGCUGUGUGGGUGUUAGCAUUUCUCCUUUAUGGUCCUGCUAUAAUCUUCUGGGAGUUUAUUGUAGGAAAAAGCAAUGUUCCCGGGGAAGAAUGCUAUGCUGAGUUCUACUAUACUUGGUAUUUCCUGCUUAGUGCAUCAACAUUUGAGUUUUUUGCACCUUUCAUCAGUGUGACCUUUUUCAAUUUAAGUAUCUACAUGAACAUCAGAAAAAGAAACAAAAACAAAUUACAAUCAGUGAAUGAAGGAAAUGGCCACUUGCGAAGCCGACAGGAUGAAGAGCAGCUGGGUUCAGUGUUUUUUGUGAAAACAAGCAAAACUUCUCUGAGCGAGCCAGUGGCUGAUGCUGUGGUGACAGAGGAGGAGGACACAUCACCUUCCACCAGCAACACCUUUGCCUUCAAAAAGAAGAGGGGGUCAUGCACUUCAAAGUGCAUAAAUGUCGACGCUUCCACAUCAGACGGACGGUUCGACACUGUGUCACAGAAACUCACCCCACAUUUCAGACUGUCCAGGGAUAAGAAAAUUGCAAAGUCUCUUGCCAUCAUAGUGUGCAUUUUUGGCAUAUGUUGGGCUCCAUAUACGCUGUUGAUGAUCAUCCGAGCAGCCUGUAGUGGACGCUGCGUGCAGUACCACUGGUACGAAAUCACCUUUUGGCUCUUGUGGCUGAAUUCAGCCAUUAACCCGUUUCUGUAUCCUCUCUGCCACAGCAGUUUUAGAAGAGCCUUUGCAAAGAUACUGUGCCCAAAACGACAGUCUAUAGAGCCAAAUUGAACCACAACCCUGUCAGUUACACUGGAAAAUACAAGCAACCAGACCAACUCCUCUGGGAACCACUAUACAAACCACCAGACCAACUCCAUUGGGAACCACUAUACAAACCAUGGCAGCUUUGUGUAACUUAGUAUUUUUGGAAAUGUUGGUAAUUUUGAAAUCGGUUCAUGAACCCAACAGUAUCUUGAAACAGUGGUAAAGAUGCAGUAUAUGUUUUGCUUGUUGUACAGCCUUGUACUUGUUUCUUACUGUACUGCUUGCUAAUCAUCUAAAGUAACUCCAGCACUUGAAUGUUGCCAGUUCUUGGUCAAAUGUAGUUUUAAUAAGAAAAUGCAUAGUUGUGGUAUACAGUAUUCAUUUGUAAUUAUAUUGUUUGUUUUUUAAAUAUUUUCUAUUAAAAUGAAUGUAUUUUGCACUGAUGUGUUUUACAAUAAUAGUAGCACUGCAAAAAUAUAUAUCAUAGACAAAAAUAAUUGUAAAAUAAAGGUGUAAGUGUUAUGAUUGGUUUGUUUUGUCAUACAAUCAAUUUUUCGAUAAAACCAAAAUGAAACUUUGUAGCCAGGGAACAGGAACAUACCAUUAUUAUACACAUUUUUU